AUGGCCGUCUCAAGGGAUCUCGAGGCUCCCGCCGUCCUCAACGACCCAACCGCUGAUGAUGCCACGAUCGAAAAGAAGGAAUAUGCUGAUGGCACGCCGGCAAAUGAUCCGUUUGGAAAUGAAGAAUGCGGAGAGGUCAAAUAUCGUGUCAUGUCGUGGUGGCAAUGUGGAACAUUGAUGGUUGCUGAGAAUAUUUCCCUGGGGAUUCUGUCUCUGCCAUCAGCCGUGGCCACCUUGGGAAUCGUCCCAGCGGUAAUUCUGCUUCUUGGAUUGUCCGCAAUCUCAUGGUAUACCGGCUACAUUAUGGGACAGUUUAAGCUCCGUUUCCCCCAGAUCCAUAGCAUGGGGGAUGCCGGCGAGCUGCUGUUGGGCCGCUUCGGACGCGAGUUAUUCGGCAUCGGUCAGCUCCUGUUCUUGAUCUUCCUGAUGGCCAGUCACAUCCUCACCUUCACCGUGGUCUUCAACACCAUUACCAACCACGGGACCUGUACCAUUGUCUUUGGGGUGGUUGGAUUGGUGGUCAGUUUCAUCGGAGCCUUGCCGCGCACGAUGGGUAAAGUCUAUUGGAUGUCUAUGGCGUCCUGCAUCAGUAUUGUGACGGCUACCGUGGUGACCAUGAUCGCGAUCGGAGUGCAAGCCCCAGAUCACGUCCAUGUGGAUGCGACCACCGAGGUUUCUUUCCAGGAUGCGUUCCUCGCCGUGACCAACAUCAUCUUUGCUUACAGUCGUGGACACCAGCUUGUACAUCGUGACUGCGAUGGUCAUCUACCGCUAUGCCGGCCCGACGUAGCGUCGCCCGCUCUGUCAUCCGCUGGACCUCUGAUGAAAAAGGUGGCCUACGGUCUGGCCAUCCCCACCGUGGUGAUCGCCGGUGUCGUGUUUGGCCAUGUCGCCUGCAAGUAUAUCUACGUGCGCAUCUUCCGAGGCUCCGCCCAUAUGCACCAGAACAGCUUCCUGGCUAUCGGGUCAUGGGUGGCCAUCGCGUUGAGCGUCUGGGUGGUGGCCUGGGUGAUUGCAGAGUCCAUUCCGGUAUUCAACGAGCUGCUGAGUUUGAUUAGCUCCUUGUUUGGAAGUUGGUUCAGCUACGGGUUGCCCGCCAUCUUUUGGCUCGUGAUGAACAAGGGCCGCUGGUUCUCAACUCGCUCCAAGAUCUGUUUGACUAUCGUCAACUUCCUCAUCCUGGCGUUCGCCUGUGCUCUGUGUGGCAUGGGUCUCUACGUCUCGGGUAAAUCGAUUCACGACAGUUCAUCCAAGGCAAGCUGGACUUGCAAGAACAACGCCACCUAG